AUGGCCCCUAGCUCUGACACAGUGGUGGAGGGCAUCCAAGUUUCAUGCUGGAAGGAGAUGAGCCCACACCUGGAAUCCUAUCCCGGUUUCAAAGCCAGGUCUCUAGAUAAACUCUAUAACUUUGCUGACUGCUCUGGCCUUCACCUGAUCUUUGCACUGAAUGCUUUGCGCCGAAAUCCCAACAACUCCUGGAACAGCUCCAAUGCCCUCAGCCUGCUGAAGUACAGCGCCAGCAAGAAGUACAACAUUUCCUGGGAGCUGGGUAACGAGCCCAAUAACUAUCGGACCCUGAUCGGCCGCUCGGUGAACGGCAGCCAGCUGGGGAAGGACUACAUCCAGCUGAGAAGCCUGCUGCAGCUUAUCCGCACUUAUUCCAGAGCAAACCUCUAUGGGCCAAACAUUGGGAGGCCCAGAAAGAAUGUCAUCGCUCUCCUGGAAGGUUACUACAUUGAUGGUCGAGUGGCCAAAGUGACGGACUUCCUGAAAACGCGCCUGUUAGACACGCUCUCUGACCAGAUCCGGAAAAUCCAGAAGGUAGUGAACACGUACACACCAGGGAAGAAGAUCUGGCUGGAAGGUGUUGGCGUGACCGCAGCUGGAGGCAUGAACAACCUCUCCGAUUCCUAUGCGGCCGGGUUCCUGUGGCUGAACACGCUGGGCUUGCUGGCUAGCCAGGGCAUCGACGUGGUGGUACGGCACUCCUUCCUCGACCACGGCCACAACCACCUGGUGGACCAGAACUUCAACCCCUUGCCGGACUACUGGCUGUCCCUGCUCUACAAGCGCCUCAUCGGUCCCAAGGUGCUGGCGAUCCACGUGGCCGGUCUCCAGAGGAAGCCCCGGUUACCCGCCGGCCGCGCUGCCGGGGAGCCCGGCCUGGUUAUUGUUUCGCUGAUAAAGGCUUUGAAAGCGCCCCAGCGAGUGGGGAGGGGCGGCCACCUCCUCCGCAGACACAAGUUGCGGCCGGCCGAUUCAGAGCAGCGGGAGCGUGUCUGGAGCCUGCUGCGGGGCCUGCUGGAGACCUACAGCCGCCUGCGGGAAGAGGACCAGAGCUUUGCGGUGGAGGCCGUGGAGCGGCUGAUCCACCCUCAGCUGUGCGAGCAGUGCAUCGAGUUCCUGGAGCGGCAGGUCGUGCAGCACAUCAAUGCCAGCCCCGAGCGCGGCGGGGACGAGGUGGGCCAUGCCUUCCUCCUGGUGCACACCAAGCUGCUGGCCUUCUACUCCAGCCGCAACGCCAGCUCCAUCCGCCCCGCUGACCUGCUCAUCCUCAUCCUCCUGGUGCAGGACCUGUACCCCAGCCAGAGCGCCGAGGAGGAGCUUGGCCCCCAGCCUGUGGCAGGGAAGGUGCAGCUCCAGGAACCCAAGAGAAGCGAGAGCAUCCCCGUGAGUGGCCCUGGCUCCCACGGAGCUGCGGUGAAGGACUCAGAUGACCAGGACACAGAUGAUCACUCCAUGCCCGAGGUCUACUACACGCCAGAGCCCUCGCCGGGCACGCACAGCACGGGCAGCGAGAGCUGGUCAGAGGGCGCUGAGAUGCUGGACACCGCAGAGGCAGAUGCUGCAGAUGUCCAGAUGGCAGAGGACUUGCUCCAGACCUUGGGGCCUCUGGUCUCUGAAGCUUCAAACCCCAGAAGGAUCUUCCUGGACGCCAGCCUGCGGGAAGGUUACUGCCCUCUGCUACCGCACACCAUGCACUGCCUCCCGCUCUGGCCGGGCAUCUCCCUUGUCCUCCUGACCAAGGGACCCACCUCUCCUCUCCCCGGCAGGGCCCCCCAAGCCAGGGAGCUGUACCAGCUGCUGGAUGGUUUCUUGGUGCUGGAGAGGAAGCUAGAAGAGGGGCCGGAGGCAGGAGCCCCACGCUCCUACCCGUUCCUGGCUGAGCUGCGGCAGCGCAUGGACAAGUUUGUGAAGAAGCUGAGUGGGCAGGACAUCCAGUUGCAGAACGCCUGGGUGGACUUCAAGAACAAGAUAUUUUCCCGGAGCGAGCCUGGGAGCUCCUUGGAGUGAGUGUGGGGUGGCCAGGGAAAGGCAGCAGGGCAGGUGGGGCCCUUUCCCACGUCCCGGCCUCUCACCGCCCCUCUUCUUGGCAGGGAGAAGCUGCUGGACUGGCGGGACUUUCUGCUGGUGAAGAGCAGGCGCAAUAUCACCAUGGUGUCAUACCUGGAGGACUUUCCUGGCCUGGUGCACUUCAUCUACGUGGACCGCACAGCCGGGCAGAUGAUGGCACCAUCGCUCAGCAUGACAGAGAAGUCCAGCUCCGAGCUGGGCAAGGGCCCCCUGGCCGCCUUCAUCAAGAGGAAGGUCUGGUCCCUGAUCUCGUUGGCCCGGCGAUACCUACAGAAGGGUUACACGAAGCUCAUGCUGCAGGGGUGCUCCUACUUCCUCUGGUUUGAGAACGAGCUGGGCUACAAGCUGGAGGUGAUGGAGGUGCCGAUUCUCUCGGAUGACUCUGCUCCCAUCGGGAUGCUGGCAGGAGACUACUACAGGAAACUGCUGCGUUACUACAGCAAGAACCACCAGGCAGAGGUGGUGAAGUGCUACGAGUUGCUGACUGUGCACCUGGGCAUCAUCCCCUCCGAGCUCGUGGUCCAGCAGGCCUGCGACUUGGCCCGACGCCUCUGGGAGCCCUCCCGCAUCCCCCUGCUCUGA